CAAACCCCAGCGGGGGCCGCUCCCUUGUUUGCCGAGAGCUAGCCGAGAGAGACCGAGACGCACACAAGGGCAUGCCAGUCUGCUCUACCUCUGCUGUACAGUUUUCUUCGCAACAGCCGCCACCAUCAUGCCAUCUCAAAGGACUCUGGGCAUUUUCCUCCAGGAGGCCUUCGGGUCUUUCGCUCUGCUGAUGAUGGUGUUCCCGUUCAACAGCUUUAUGGGCGACACGUGGUCCGCCUGGAUUCAGCACUUCUUCUCCGUCAUGAUCACGGACUACACCAACGGAGGCGCCCAAGUCAACCCCGCUAUGUCGGUCGGCACUUUCUUCUACGGCUGGAACGACGAGUCGUCUUUGGUGGUCCGCAUCGUCGGACAAAUGGUGGGCGGCUUCUACGCGUUCCCCAUCAUGGCGAAGCUGCUCCCCAGCUACGCCACGAGCAGUAUGGGCGGGCCCACCCUGGCGGCGGGCGCUAGUACGGGUCAGGGCAUGGCUUGGGAGUUCGGCUCGACGUUCGCGUUGAUCCUGAUCGUGUACGUCGCGGCCACGCAGAUCGGUCUUCCUGGACAGCGACCGGUGAUCGCCACGGGCAUCCGCGCGCUUAUCCACUUGAGCGCUGUCAAGGGCGGGAAGACUGGGCCCGCAAUGAACCCCAUGAUCGCGACUGCUUGGGCGGUGUACGACAAGUCUGUCACCAUGAACCAGCAGUGGUUCCUGGUGUACUGGGUCGCUCCUUGCGCCGCGGCGGUGGCGGGCACCCUGCUGUGGAAAGUUCUCGAGCCCAAACCCAAGGCUAAAACCGACUGAGCUCACGUGGAGUUUUGUGGGGAUGGUAGGGGCGAGGGGGGGAGACCGAUGCCUGGAGCAUCUAGACGGGACGCUGUACGGGGAGGACAGCAUCCGAACAGCAGAUUGGGAAGGGGAAACUUUUCCUCACGAUUUUCCGCGUCUUUCUGAUCAUGUCCGAUAUCGUUUUUCCCUCAUGUGUAGUCGGUGGUGCAUCCGUUUUCACGCACGUUGUUCUCUGCCCGUGUGCAAGGCCUUUUGAGCACGCAUGCAGCAAGGAGGGGUGGCAUGUGAGUUGUGGCGGGAGUGUUUCGUUUUUAGAGUAUCCGGCCCGCAUUUUACCGCAGUCAGUCGCGCUAUGCAUAACAGUAUUACUUUCAUAUUUUUCAUGAUGCAGUUGCCUCCCGUGUGUCAUACUCGUACUCGGAGUGUCUUGGUGUUUUCUCAGUCAAAAUAGAGUUCGUUAGGGUAGAGUUUUGGGUAGCCUCGUGUUCUGGAUAGGCACCCGUCCUGCAGCAGCAUUCGACCUUGUUGCGGCUGCUGUGUGUGACGUCACGAGUUGCGUAGUGGAACGAAUUGGACGACACUGCACUGCGGUCGGAAUGUUUGUGUAAGAGCCACGUAGCGCAGCGCACCUGGCGGUAGCAAACCGUCAUUCGUGUUUUUUACCGGCAGCACGCGUUGGCAUUCAUGGGCCGGGGGUACAGUGGACCUUCCCCUAAGUUCUGCGGGAAUGCCUCCGCCGCGACACCGAAUACAUGAUUUCGCUGCGGCGUUGACGAGGUUUCACUUGUUUUUGUCUAUUUUGUUUUCUUGCCUCGUGUGUUUGGGAACGACGUCAUCACUGCAAUAUUUUUUUUUUCGUCGACGACAUUUGACCGCCAACACGAAACGG